AUGGACAGCGAAGAAUUUCAGACGAAGAUUGAUGAGCAGAUUAGAAAUGAAGAGGAAGAGACUAAAGGAGCAGAAGGUUCAGGAGAGAAAGGAAAAGGAGUAGAAGGUGGUGAAGGUGGAGAAACAAAUGAGGGUUUGGAAGAAGAUAGUCAAGAGAAUGGCCAACCACCUGAAGUGGAAGAACAAGUGGUAGGACCUAUCAGGAUCAAGAGACCAAAAGGGAAGACAAAUACCAACCAGCAAGAAACUCCGAUUAUCCCCCCCCAGCUACCACCAAAUCCCCCCACAACGUCGAAAACAUUGUUGAAACAACAAAUUCCACCGAUCCAACACGACCAACCGAACAAAGUGGGAAGUGAGGAAGAGUCGGAAUCAGAGAAGGAAGGAGGUAAUCUAGAGGUAGCAGGAAUAUAUCUUGAUGAUUUCAAUCAUGGAGCAGAGAAGGAUGGGUGUGCAGACCCUAUUCCAGCCCAGCCAGAAGACUCAGUAAGCCAAAAUCUGGAUGCGCAAACCAAACUUGCAUUUGAACAGAAAAACCGAGUGCUGUAUGACAAAUUGUUGAAUGAUAAGAGGAACUGGCUCGAAUUCUUAGCAAAAGGGAAAGCCGGGAACAAAAUCAAAGCUGUAGAGAAAGGCGGCAAAGACAUCAUCGGAGAAGAUGAGGAUAUGGCUGACAUAGGAAUCAGGAACAAAGCCAUCAAAAGAAGAGCAGAGCGUAGAACAAUGAUGAGAAACAAUGAACUAUUCCUUGAUAACCCCUACGCUUACGGACAAGUGAAGAUGAACAUUGAUCCCAUCAAUGGCGUGAAUUGGGAAGGAAGGACGUUGGCCUGGGAUGACCCUAGCAGAGGCAAAUCUAAAGAAGUGAGGAAUGAGGUCACUAAGAAUACUCAGUCAGUCCACUCAGCCCUGUGGGCACAGGCAAGGAGCAAGCCUCAUACUGCUCCUCAAAAUCACCCGUACGACUAUGGAAGAACGCCGGCUACGUACCAGACACUGCCCAACCAUCAAAUCCAAGCAACUCUGACAGUUUUUGCAAGUACCUCAGCUUUCCCGAACUAUGCCCAGCCCCCAUCGCAGCCAGCAAGCCAAUGGUUAGGCAUCAAUCCAAACUACCAAGGCGGUCCUAAGAACUACAUUCCCAACAAUCAACCGAACUUCAGAGGAGGGAAAGGAAAUUACGGCAAUGGGAAUGAGAGUGGAUCAAAUGGAAAUGGAGGAGGGAACGGUAUUGGGGUACAGAAAGAAAGGGAAAAGAAAUUUUCUCUCUACCUUGUGACCAAUCUGGUUGAGGAAGCAUCGAAUUUGAUGAAAUAUGAUGAAUGA